AUGUCCAUCUCGAGUCUAAGCAUGGCAGGCAUUCGCCUGGACGGAUUCGUUCCGCGCUUCGACUUUCUCUGGUCAACCACCUUCUGGAUCUACACCUUCUGGAUUCUAUGGCUGCAUCGAUAUGUCCGCCUGCUGGUCCACUGCUGUUCUCACUGGCGCUACAAGUCCAAGCCGAUCCCCGCCAAGCCUAGAUUUACGUCGCGCGAUGUGACCGUUGUCAUUCCUACCAUUCAUAAUGUGUUCGAGGAACUUCGACCUUCGCUCCAGAGUAUCCUCGCUUGCAAUCCGUUCGAGCUGAUCCUUGUUACGACCGUUUACAAGAAGGAAGCCCUGGAGAAGCUAGCCGCGACCCUCAAGGCUCCUGGAGUCAACAUCAAGGUUCUCUAUACCAACAUCGCCAACAAGCGCCUCCAAGUCUGCGAGGCUCUCCCUCAGGUCCGCACUGAUAUCACCAUCAUGGCAGACGAUGAUGUCACCUGGCCUCCGAAGCUGAUGGACUGGAUUCUGGCUCCCUUUGAGGACCCAAAGAUCGGUGGCGUCGGCACCUGCCAGAGGGUCAAGCGUGUCUGGGACGGCGACUGGUCCACCCGCAUCUGGAACUGGCUCGGAGCGGCAUACAUCGAGCGGCGCAACUUUGAGAUCUCGGCCACCCAUAACAUUGACGGCGGCACUUCGUGCAUGUCAGGCCGCACAGGCGCCUACCGAUCGGAGAUCCUACAAAGCCAUGACUUCCUGGAGGGCUUCAAGACGGAGCGCUGGGGUAAAUUCAUCCUCAAUGCUGACGACGACAACUUCGUGACCCGCUGGCUGGUCAGCCACCAGUGGAAGACAUGGAUCCAAUACGAGCGGGAAUGCGAGCUCGAGACCACCCUGGAGAAUGGCCUGAAAUUCCUCUACCAGUGCUCGCGCUGGGCUCGAAGCAAUUGGCGAAGCAAUUGGACCAGUCUCGUGACGGAGCAAUAUGUGUGGAACACCCUGUUCCACACCCACACCCUCACCCCAGUGGUGUCUCUCCUUAUUUCCAUUUUCCUAGUCCUCCUAUGGACACCCAGCUUCCUGACCCCUGUCUCGCCCAGCGUCACACCCUCGCCAAUUGCAUCGGUUCUCGCGCUUACCCUUACUGACUUUAUCUUCAUCCACAGACAGCAGCCAUGGUGCACUUACGCUCUCCAUGUUGCGACCUUCACCUCGCUAGCUUUCGUCGUCGAUCCACUCCUGCUCGCCUCUUGCUGGUGGGCCACCGCUAACUGGGAGCUCGCAAGCCGACAGUAUGCGUUCUGGGCACAAUUCAUCUUCAUGUUUGGCUUCACCAAGGUGGUCAAGCUGAUGGGAUUGUUCAUGCGCAACCCGAGCGACAUCAAGUUUCUCCCUGUCUCUAUCGUCUUUGGCUACUUCCACGGCCUCAUCAAGCUCUAUGCCCUCUUUACUCUUAGAAUGACGUCUUGGGGUAGCCGAGCUGACGGUGACGCAAACGACGAGUCUCGUCUGACUCCACGUCCCGUGCGCAGCGCCAGCCUUACCACGCCCCCGGGCCGCCACCCGGGCUUGCCCCAUCAUGUGCGGGAGGAGUUGGGCCUGAAGGGCGAUCUCGACGAGAAGCACCUGGUCUCCGAGCGGACCCCGGCGUGGGACAAGACCUCGGAGAAGCCGGCGACCCUAGUCACUGGUCAGGCGUAA